AUGGCCCAGCAGCGCCUCGUGCAGCUCUCGGCGCAGCGCCCCACCAGCACCGUCUGCGCGCUGGGCACCGAGCUCUGCGUCGACGUCGGCGGGGCAGCGCCCAAGGAUGCCGCCUGCUUCCACGCCCAGGGCACCGCCGGCGUGAAGCUCUACGUGGUGCAUGGCGCGCAGACCGUGAAGCUGCCGUCGAGCGUGUCCCGCUGGCCCCUGGGCGCUGGCGUGGAGCUGCUGGUGGCGGCGGAGGAGCUCAGCAAGGAUGUUGGCGAUGAGAAGGUCCGCGUCUCCUACUUCGGGGCGGGCGGCGGGGUGCCCGUGGGCCGAGCCGUGCUCUACAUCACCUGCGUGGACGUCUCCCUGGACGCCGACGGGAGCCGCAGCGGAGUGGUGAGCAAGACGCUGGCGGACAAGCGUGCCUGGACCUGGGGGCCCGAGGGCCACGGAGCCAUCCUGCUGGUCAACUGUGGCCACCAGCAGCCCGCGCCCGGCCCGGGGGAGAGCCGCCAGCCUGCCGGGCGCACCUACCGGGAGCUGAAGGAGGCGUCGCAGGUGGUGCUGCGUGCGCGAGGUCCUCGCGCCGUCUUCGCCGGCCACCGGCUCGUCCUGCAUGUGAGCUUCGGCGACGCCGACAAACUCGGCGUUUUCCACGGCGCCAACAGCGUCUCGCCGGAGGAGUACAAGCACGUCCUGGGCGGCGAGAAGCUCUCCUACGCCGUGAAGCCCAGCCGGCACCAGGAGGAGAACGUCUUCUACGUGGAAGGGCUCCGCUUCCCGGACGUCGGCUUUGCCGGGCUGCUCUCCUUGCACGCCACGCUCCUGGAGAGCCCGGAGCAGGGCCUGCCGGAGACGCCUGUCUACACGGACACGGUGGUUUUCCGCGUGGCGCCUUGGAUCGCGACGCCCAACACGCUGGCGCCCGUUGAGCUCUACGUGGGCAGCGUGGCCACCAACCAGGACUUCGUGGCCGCCGUGAGCGCCCUGGCCGAGCGAGCCGGCUGCCCCAUCACCGUCUGCCCGCCGGCAGAGAACCGCCGCGACCGCUGGAGCCAGGACGAGAUGGAGUUCGGCUACGUGCAAGCUCCCCAUAAGACGUUGCCCGUGGUCUUCGACUCGCCCCGCGGCCGGGGGCUCGAGGACUUCCCCGCCGAGCGCAUCCUGGGCCCCGACGUCGGCUACGUGGCCCGGGAAGGCGUCUCCGAGCUCGACUCCUUCGGGAACCUGGAGGUGAGCCCACCCGUGACGGCGCGGGGCAAGGAGUUCCCGCUGGGACGCGUCCUGGUGGGCAGCAGCUUCCCCAGGUUCGGCGGCCGGAGGAUGGUGAAGGCCGUCAGGGACUUCGUGAUGGCCCAGGAGGUGCAGGCGCCCGUGGAGCUCUUCUCCGACUGGCUCGCCCUUGGCCACGUCAAUGAGUUCCUCACCUUCGUCCCAGCUCCCGACCGGCAGGGUUUCCGGCUGCUCUUGGCCAGCCCCAGCGCCUGCUACCGCCUGCUCAAGGAGAAGCGGGACGAGGGCUACGGCAAGGUGGUCGCGUUCGAGGGGCUGAAGGGGGUCCCCAAGGCCACCGUUGAGGAGCUGUUGGCCGACGAGGCGCUGCGGCAGUACAACGCCUUCGCCCAGAGCUGCGUCAGCUGGAACAGGGACAUCCUCAAGAGGGAGCUGGGCCUCGGUGAGGCCGACAUCGUGGACGUGCCACAGCUCUACAUGGAUGGUGGAGACAUGGGUGCCAGGGCCUUCUUCCCUGCCAUGGUGAACAUGCUGGUGCUGGGCAAAUACCUGGGCAUCCCCAAGCCCUUCGGACCGGUCAUCGGUGGCCGGUGCUGCCUGGAGGAGAAGGUCCGCUCACUGCUGGAGCCCCUGGGGCUCACCUGCACCUUCAUCGCCGCCUCCUCCUCCUCCCACGCGCCGGCCGCUGCCGGCUGCCGGGGCACCAACGUGCGCCGCCAGCCCUUCUCCUUCAAGUGGUGGCACGUGGUGCCCUGA